UAGUAACGCCACAGUCAAGAGGCGUGAGGACGACACGAUUCAUCCACACCACAGCCGCGAACACGCCAAAAAAUGCCACACUCAGCACAUCAUACAGCAUAAGCGCUUCGUGUGAUGGAUGUUUGCGCUCCCGGCGGAUGGAUUAACACGGGAACCUUAACCUAAACAAAUUUAAUGGGGAAAAUAAGAAGAGUCUCAUUAAGAUGACACGCACAGAUCCACCUGACAUACUAGUAUCAACUGUGUAUCAAGAUGUCAAAGUGAGUUCUCUCUCGACCCACUCCAAAGCCUGUCAUCCCUCAAAACAAUGUGAUUCCCCAUCCAUCAGCAAACUGGAGAACACUCGAAAAAAAAGCAAAAACAAAAAGAGGCACUGCCGUAGCUUUGACACUGAGUCUAUGGACAAACUCCGAUAUCAUACAAUAGCAAUGGAGUACCCAUAUAGAAGGGCUGAAAGAUACGCGGCCAAUCCAGAGGUUGCCUGGAACGCCUUAGGUCGCCAACAAGGGCAUGGACUCCACCGGUUUUCUUCCCCAGACAUAUUUAGCUACCGUCUCACCUCACAGCCAACAGCUACUGAGAUGCCUGCUGAAAUUGCAGUGACCGAACAAAAGCGGAGGACUAGAUCUAGAAGUGCCUCACGGGUUCAGACCAGCCUAACUCCUGUAUCAUUUGAUGCUUCCCCGCCAGUGGCAAGAAGGGGUCGGGAGGCUCAAAGGGCACAUAGAAACAGUCAGCCAAGGCCAGAAGUUUCCCCAAGAAGAGAGUCUUCCUAUGGUGCCACACGGGCACAUGUAAAUGAAGUACACCCUGUCAAACUGCAGCCCCAAAGGAGUGAUACAAGCAGGUAUUCCCCUGUCUAUGUGCCUGAGGGUUAUGAUGAAGGAAGGCCAGAGAAACCUGCCACUAGUCCUCACGUUCGGUGCCGGGUAGACAUCAAACCAGAUGAGUCGGCUAUGCAGCAAGGUGGCCGCAAGGCAGCUACACCCCAAGUGGACAUACCUUGGCAAAAGUAUCCAGGCAGUGGCAGUAGGAGUCUGACAGUGCCUCGCCAUUUCUCCACUUCAAGGACUCCAACUCCAACUGAAUCCUACAUGGGAGAAUACAGACAGGCGUACCAGUAUUCCCAAAGUAUGCCAAAUAGCUACAUGCAGCCUAUGGAGAUCCCUUUACAAAAGGUGGCCUCGCCACGGGAGCCAAGGGAACAUUAUGGACGGGAACGAAGGGCUCAUUCAAGCCCCAACGUGCCAACUAAAUUCUUCUAUGCAGAGGACUUGGGAAAGUAUGGAUCUUCAGCGCCAUCAAGGACUUAUUAUCAAGAUGACCGAUACAGCAUUCCUAGCCAACCCUACUCACCUAAGGUACAAUAUGUACAAGAUCCAAGGACUCACAUUGUUCAUACUGUACCAGCCCGGUCAUAUUAUACAGAAGUCGACCCUUACCAUUACUCUGGACAACAUGUGUAUUCGAAAUCAUAUGCUGCAAGUGAACCAGGGGCGUAUAUAAUUCAGACACCUCCAGCAAGGUCUUUCUAUGGCGAUGACCCGAGGACAUAUCAGAUUCAAACAGCCCCUCCUCGGAUCUUCUACAUGGCUGACCCCUACACUCCAGCAAUGGAGCAUCAUAUUCCUGCAAAGGCAUAUUACACUGAAGGGAGACGACAUGCCCGUGUUGUGCAGCCACAAUCUGAGGACUGGUACGGCUCAGAGGUUUCUGGCUACUCUAGCCAUUACCCAUCCUCUUAUGUCUCACAGAUUACUCCCACAAGGGCUAGGCAAGAACCAAAGCUCACAACUUGGUAUGCCAACCCAUGCAUGGAGCCAGCAAAAACCGUAACAGACCCAAGAUCGUAUUCAAGAUCUUGGGAUAACAUCCUAGAUACCCAUGUAGAACGGGAGCAGCCCGUACCUCGAGGGAAAAGUGAUGAGAAUCUCCUUUGUCAAGGGGCACAAACUUCAAGUGAACGACCAAAACCUGUGGUUGUCAACCUUUCCAGCUCACCAAGGCGUUACGCUGCACUGUCCUUAUCAGAAAACUCUUUGAUUGAUAAAAGUCCUACCGAGGCCAUGAGCUCCUCAAGUAAACUGUGGUUUGUCACACCUGAAAUUACAAUCACAGACAAUGAUAUCAGACAAGGGAAUCUUGGCAAACCAGAAGCACGCUCUGCAAGUUGGGAUGUGCUAGAUUCCAAAAGUGCCCCAAAUCAAGAAGCACCUCAACGUGACGCAAAAUCCCGCUCUGGAGAGUCUACCAAAGAAAAAACGCACAGCAGCACAUCCCUACAGCAAAGCUUAGAGCAACUCGAUGAGCUUCUAGCUGACCUUGUCAUCGAUUACAAACCUCCAGCUAGGAGGACCAGUGAAGAUUUGCUUGAUCAACUCAAAAAGCUGAUUGAUGAAGAAGAAGCAGUCUCUUCAGCAAGAAAGGAUUCGACUCCAGGAUCUGAAAGCGGCAUGCCCCUUGACAAACAACCCACUUCAAUAAAGAUAGAUCCUGACACACUAAGAGACACAGAUGGGAGUUGUGAUGGGCUGAGAAGUACAGAAGAGUGCUCCCCUGAUCAGAGUCCAGAUGAGGACGACACAAUGAUGUGUUCAAACAAUAAAUGCCGUCGAACUGAGACCUUGUUUAAUGCCUGCCUCUACUUUAAGUCCUGCCACAGCUGCUAUACCUACUACUGCUCUCGCAAUUGCCGCCGUGAAGACUGGGAUAUCCACAAAGAGAGCUGCCUGUAUGGGAGAAUCGGCAGUGUGUGUCGCCACAUUAUUAAGCACUGUCGAGAAACCACAGAGGUCCACAAAGCUUUCUCCCGUAUAGCCAAAGUGGGAUACCUGUCUCGAGGCAGGGGGGUCUUGUUUUUGGGAUUCCCAAAUCCAGGCUCAUCCACAAAUUUCCUUCAAUUUGGACUAGAAAGCCUGCUCAUGUCACCAACAUACCUAUCUCUCCGCGAGCUGGAGAGCUUCAAGGAUAACCUUGGGGAAUAUUGCAAGGAGCUCCAAGAGGCGGGGAAGGAAUAUGACCCAAAUGAAUGUUUUCUCUUGAAUGUAUCCAUUGCUGUUGGUGAUCAAGUGCCUGACGGACCAUCGCCAAGGGUCCAAGCCCCAACCGUCAGGAAAUUUGCCAAGGUUGCUCUCGCCUCAUACAGCCCAGAAAAAAAAGUCCAUCGGAAGGAAAGUGACAUGGAGACCUUGAUCCUGACCCCUCCACCAGGUAUGGCUGACAUUGACAAGGAAGGCGAGGAGGGAAGGAAAGCCAGGGAGAUCUGCUUCAUCAACAUUCAGCGAGAGUUGAGGAUACGAGGGGUGUUUCUUCGCCACGAGUAUCCCAAUGUCUAUCAAAAGCUCUGUGAGUUUGUUGAGAACAACAGGAGGUUCACGCCAACUACUAUUUACCCUAUUGAUAAAAGGACCGGCAAGCAGUUUAUGUGCAUGAUAAUGGCAGCCUCUGAGCCACGAACUUUGGACUGGGUAGCGAACCCACAUCUCCUAGAUGACAUUAUUUAAAACAAGUGCACCUUUUUAUACUUUAAAGCAUAGAUCUCACUAUAGGACAUAUCUAAAUAUAUCAAGCUUAUUUGUUAUACAUGUUUGUAGAUAUGUAUUUUGUUAAUUGAAAAAAAAAAUCGUAUUCAUGUCUGCAAGGUCAGUAUUAUUCAAUGUUGGAAUAAUGCCCAUCAGAUGUUGAGUGUGAAUAAUUCACAUUGUUUAUUCAUCGAGUCCCAGGUUUGUUUCUUUUAUGCUUCACUAGCGAUUACUGCCCUUCUGUUACUUUGUAGCAAAUUCUCUUUUGAUAUUCUUUGAUUGCUCAUGAUGAAAGAGAGAGAAAUCUUCUAUUUAUUUUAGAAAAAAAACUACAGAAUUCUGUACUUAUUUACUGCAGAGUUUAAUAUGCUUUCCUAUGCAAAAAUGACCAACAUUGUCCCGCAAAAAUGUUGAA